AACCUCCAUGAAAUAUUACCUCAACUGCAAACUUUUGGUGGGUUGCGAAGUUUAUCUCAAUCGAAUUCUACUGGAAUUCUCCCUCGUUCCUUCCACUCAAAUCCACUACCAGUUGCCGCCGCAAAAAUGUCAUCAAUGGAGUCUCUCAUUCUCCAGCUCCACGAAAUAUCCGCCGUCAAAUUCGGCAACUUCAAGCUAAAAUCCGGCAUCUUUUCUCCCUGCUACAUAGACCUCCGCCUCAUCGUCUCCUACCCUUCCCUCCUCCGCCAAAUCUCCCACUCCCUCCUCUCAUCUCUCCCUCCCCGAACGCCCUUUAACCACAUAUGCGGCGUCCCUUACACCGCCCUCCCAAUCGCCACCUCCAUCCCCAUGCUCAUGCGCCGCAAAGAAGUGAAAGACUACGGCGCUUCCAAGUCCAUCGAAGGCGUUUACGAGAAGGGUCAAGCCUGUUUGGUGGUUGAAGACCUUGUCACGUCUGGAGCAUCGGUCCUAGAAACCGUAGCGCCGUUACGGGCGUCGGGAAUCAAGGUGACGGAUGCCGUCGUGGUUAUAGAUAGAGAACAAGGCGGGAGGGAGACGUUGCAAGACAAUGGAAUCAAACUUCAUGCUUUGUUUACUUUAAAGGAGAUGGUUAGGGUUUUGAGAGAGAAAGGGAAAUUGGAGAAAGAGAUGGAGAGUUUGGUUAUGAAGUUUUUGGAAGAGAACAAGAAAGUGGCUGUGCCUAAGGAUGAUAAAGUGGGGGUUAAGAGUUUGGGGUUUGAAGAAAGGGCUAAGUUAGCUAAGAAUCCAACUGGGAAAAAGCUGUUUGAGGUUAUGGUUAAGAAAGAAAGUAAUCUCUGUUUGCCUGUUCAUGUUGGGACCGCUGCUGAGUUGCUUGAUAUUGCUGAUAAGGUUGGACCAGAAAUCUGUCUAUUGAAGACUCAUGUUGACAUAUUACCCGAUUUCACCCCAGAUUUUGGUUCUAAACUUCGUGCGGUAAAUAUCAAAUGCUUACUGAAUGUUUUGUGCCUACAUUUCCUGACCUAAUUGCAGCAUUACCUG